AUGAGAGACAGUCACACACAACCCCCCGUUACCCUUUCCACCUCAUCACCCCCCCCCUCCCCCCAGGUGGAAGCGACGCGGCACAACACGGCUUCCCUAACGACGGACCUGGACGCCAUGCGCCACCUGUUCAGCGAGAAGGAGAAGGAGCUGGUGGUGGCCGUCUCCAAGGUGGAGGAGCUCACCCGGCAGCUGGAGGAGCUUCGCCACGGCCGCUCCCCGCUCAACCCCAACAACCAGCACCACAGUGAGCUGGAUAAGCUGCGGAGAGAGCUGCUGUACCGCAACAGCGUGAACCGCGAGGCGUCGGCGCGCGUGGCGGCGCAGCGCGAGACCCUGGCGGCGCGAAGGGACGAAAUCACGCGCAUCGACAAGCGCAUCUCCGAACUCCAGCAGCGCCUGCACAGGAAGAGAAUUCUCAACCACCAGCUCGCUUCCCAGAUAACGGCUGCCACUCAGGCCAAGCAAGCUCAGUUGAAGGCAGUGCAGCAGAAGGCCAUGCGCGACGGCAUCCACUCUGAGAACUCCGCUGAUGACACUCACACCCCUGACCAUCUCAAGCUUCCUCCCGGCGAGGACCUCGGAGAGUUUGGUCCCAACAAGAACGACCCCAAGUACCAGACCUUGCCCUACAACACCAAGUUCUCCGUGACCUUCAAGACCAAGAGCGCCCAGGGCGGAGACUCCGACUCGGCCCCCUCCACGCCCACCGGCACCGCGCCCCCCAGCGCCCUGCCGGACCUCACCGCCUCCAGCGCGCAGAACAACGGCACGACCGCCGCCGCCACGACCUCCGCAGGCGGCGCGCCCGUCAACGGCUCCGUGGUCACCAGGACGGUCCACAGCAUACCCACGCACCCCCCCUCCCGCGGCCACGCCCACGCACCCGCCCUCAGCCAGGGGCCCCCGCUCGCCCCGCCGCCGGCCGCCCUCAAGCCCGCCCCCAACCCUGCGAUGACGCCGAGGGUGUACGGUCCGGGAGCACAGCAGUUCAGCCAGCGGUCGCAGCCUCUUGGAGGAUCAACUUUAGGGCAAAAUCAGGACUCUCGCUCCCUACUCCCCCCCACCUCCCUCUCUGUCUCCUUCAAUCAGAAGCUGAGUCCCGGGGUGACGGCGCACGCACAGAGCAGGACCCUGUUGCUGCCUCAUCACCAUGCACAGGACGUCGACAUGCGCGCCGUCGGAAGCGCCGGCGAAGGGAGCGAGGACCUCCCCGCGGCCAGCGAGGGCGGGCGGAACAAGCCAGCGCUGCCCCCCAAGCCAGUCGUACCUUCCAAGCCGCUCCCUCCCCCCCGCCAGAAGGGAGACCCCCUCGUGGCUAGCAACGAGAGCCUGAACGCGACGCAGACGUCCGUUCGCGGCGGCGCUCAGGGAAGACCCCAGCAAGGGUACAGGUAUGCAAGUCAGAACGUCAUAAUGUCGACUUACACGCAGCAGCCCCCUGGCCCUGACAACCAAUCCGGCGAAGGCGCUGACGACAACAACCGCUCCAAAGUGGCCAACAGCGUCCUCAACAACAACAAUAACAACAGCGGCAGCGCCAAGUCGGAGAGCGAGGGCGGCGAGAAGGUGCACGUAUCGAUCAACAGCCGCAUCGAAAUGCCUCCGGACUUCAUGUUCCCGGAGGACGAGACCCCGCCGUCGGACCUGCUGGGGCGGAGGGUCGAGGAGAUCGAGAACGGGGGCGGCGACGCGCACAAGGAGAGGGGCGGGGCCGUCGACUCGGUGGACAACCUGCAGGUGCCCCCCGCCCUGCCGCUGGGCGAGCUGGAGAAGCUCAGGAUCGACAACGCCAAGGAGGAGAGGAGCAGCCAGGAGGACCUCCACGCGGCGAACAACAACGCGCCGGGAGGGAACAUUCCCAGCGACGACUCCCGUCAGCCCGACGGGGCAGAUACGAAUUCGGUGCCGAUCGAAGGACAUACAGAAGGCGACGGAGAGAAGGGCAACGGGUCGACGAGCCUCAACAACAAUAACAACAACAACAACAAUAACAACAACAACACCAACACCUCCAUCGUCCGCCGCAUCAAGAAGGGGAACCUCAAGACCAAGAACUCCUCCCGCGUGCCCCGUCGGGUGAGCUUCGACCCCCUGGCCCUGCUCCUCGACGCCGCCCUCGAGGGGGAGCUCGAGCUGGUCAAACGCACCGCCAUGGAAGUGCCCAACCCCUCGGCCGCCAAUGACGAGGGCAUCACCGCCCUGCACAACGCCAUCUGCGCCGGACACCUCGACAUCGUCACGUUCCUCGUCACCUUCGGCUGUGACGUCAAUGCGCAGGACUCGGAUGGAUGGACCCCAUUACACUGCGCUGCCUCCUGCAACAACGUAGCAAUGGUGAGGUUCCUGGUCGAGCAUGGCGCGUGCAUCCUCGCCACCACGCUGUCUGACCACGAGACGGCAGCGGAGAAGUGCGAGCAGGACGAGGAAGGAUACGACGGAUGCUCCCAGUAUCUGUACAGCGUUCAAGAGAAGCUCGGCAUAAUGAACGGCGGCGUCGUGUUCGGCGUCUACGACUACGAAGGCCAGGCAGGAGACGAGCUCACUUUCCGCUGUGGAGACGCACUGACGAUCCUGAGGCGCGGCGACGAGUAUGAGCGGGAGUGGUGGUGGGGGCAGCUACGCGAUAUUCAAGGCUACGUACCUCGAAAUUUACUCGGGUUGUAUCCUCGAGUGAAGAGCCCCGUUCGUGAUUCCUGAGGACAGAAGGCGGCCACGGGGAAACAGGCUACCUUCCACCCUCUUCCAGGUCGUAACACAAAACUGGGAUAGACUCAUCUGAUAUUAUUAUUUUCUUUCCAAGUUUCGUUUUAAUUCUCCCUCCGGUACUGUAAUUUUGAGGCGAGAAAGAAAGAGAGAGAGUUAGACGGUCGGCCAAGACUUCGUAGACGACGAGGCAGACGUGUCUUGGGGUCGCUUUCAACUCUCGAGCUGACGUAUUUACAGGGGACUAAUUUAUGACUUUGUGACCGAAACAGAGCGAACGUUUACGUUUCUCUGUUUCCGAGACAGGACUAUUUAUUUUGGUGGCAGAGUGGCAGCUAUUAAAUUCAAAUAAAAAAAAUAUAUCGUUAUGCUUUUUUUUAGUCAUGUUAAUGAGGCAAAGCAGAGCUUACUCUUCCACCUCCAAAACUUUCUUGUUCAUUUUCUUGUGACUGAAGCAGACUAGUGCCUUACGUAACAGACAACCUGCAGAUAUUAGUGUUCUCUGUGAUUAUGACUGAACUACAGUGAGAUUGUGAAACUCUGUACUGUAAUACAUAUCUAUACAUGCUGUAUAUAUCAGAGGAUGUAUAUUCUGUACUGCUUUGGAUGCUGCUAGGUAAUAUUUUUGACAAAUACAUAAUUGCAUCAGCUUCUGCAGGAGGAGACUUCCACAGACUGGACGACAAUGAUGAAGGUUUUGAAGUCAUCAGUAAUCCACUAAAUACACGAAUAAAAAAAACAUCAAUGCUUUGUUUCAUCAUUGUCAUCUGUAAGCCACUGGACACUAAAAAUGUUGCAGUGAUAUGAAGCUUGUGUGAAUGUCCUUUUUUCAAGGGAAUGAAACCCUGAAACAAAGCUAUUUUUCUAGCAUGACGACUACACAAUAUUGUUAAUAUUUUACUAUUAACUGUACUGAUAUACACAAUUGAAAUAAAAAGUUGCCAUAUGAAA